AUGAUACUUGCAGGAGACGCAAUUGAUAGCACACUUGGGCUUUACCUGAAUUGCUCUGUGAUGGCGUGUGCCGCCAUGGGCAAUAUCUUCUCGGGUGUUUUGGGAAUGCAGAUCCACGGUGUUAUUGACAAGGCGGUGCAGAAGGUAAACUUCAACAUCCCUGUCUUGACUGAAAGCCAGAUGAAGGGCCAGCAGGUGUUUUUGGCUGGUCACAUUGGCGGAACUCUCGGCAUAAUGAUAGGUUUGUUUCUUGGCAUGUUUCCGCUGCUGUUCCUUGACAGCGGUGAGGAUAGGGCUGACCAUGUACUGUUCCAGCGCUGGGACAAGGAUGGCAAUGGAUACUUGGAGUUGUCAGAACUCGAGGAGGAGCUGGUGAAGCUUGGCCUCCCGGAAUGCGCCGUCGAGGCGCUUAUGGAAAAGUAUAGACUGGACGGUCAGCUGGGCUUCAAACAGCUUCAGAAAGUACGCAAUGAUGUACGAAAAGGCGAGGCUGUUUUUGCAUAA